AACGGCGAUGCGCACUGAGACCGGCACAGUCAGCAGCUGCCUUCAGCUCAUCCUUCUUCCUUUCAUACAAACACAUACAUCAAACAAAAUGCACAAAAUCGUGAUCUGCGCCCUUGCCGUUGCGGUGGCUGUGGCCAUGGCUGCCCCCCAGCAACACGACCAGUACCCUGUGCAAAUCCUGAAGCAGGAGGCUGACGUCAACCCUGAGGGUUAUCAAUUCCAGUUUGAGACCAGCGACGGCACGUCCCGCCAGGAGCAAGGGACUCUCAAGCAGAUCACAGAGGACCACAAGGCCAUUCAAGUGCAGGGCUCGUACAAAUACACGGCUCCAGACGGUCUAGUGUACACGGUCACGUACGUGGCUGACGAACACGGCUUCCAGCCACAGGAGCACGUUGACCAGCCUCAAGGCCAACAACAACAGUACCAGUAAGACCAAUAUUGGUCCAAAACACAUCAAACAUUUGGCAAUCAUUCAAUCAAAAUUCAUACGUUUGAUCGUCAUAGAUCGAAUUUUACUGUCAUCGAUUGUGUAGGUUUUACUACGCAUGCUCAUUAAAAUCAUUGUUUUAUGUUUGUUCAUAUUUUUGUACACUCAAUUGUUGAUUUUCUUAUUUUUUAUACAGAAAUAAAAUAUUUUUUAUUUAAAUA